GUCAUAUUCUUGGAAUUAAUACUUUAUUAGUAACAUUGCCAUCUAAUUUACCUGCAUUGAAUGAAUUAAAGUCUAAUAAAGCCAAUAUGGAUUCUUUAAAUACUACCGCUAUAUAUGAACAAGAAUUUAAAGAAUUUCUAGAAUCCACUUGGAGAAGUCUCCAAACAUUGCAGGAGAAUUCAUUAUUUCUCCAGAACCUGGUUGAAUCCAAGACCCCAUCACUGCAAGAACUAUAUAACAAGAGUAACCAACAGACCUUACUGACUCACCUUCUUGGUCUUGUUACUUCAAACUCUUUCAAAGAAGCACUGGAUUUGGUGGACAUCAUUCAUAAGAACACAAAUCCCCAUAGAUGCAUAAUUUCUGAUACCAAUGUCCUUUCACUGGAAUGGGAAACCAAACAACAUCGAAAGCAGUCAUACCAAGCUAAAUUAUCUG